CUGAAAACAAUGUCUUCUUCUUCUUCAUUUCUUGUUCUUGCAUUUGUUGUUUUUUCAGAACCAGAAGACCAGUCUAAUCCACAGUGAAGGGUCUAUCAUGGCCAAGCUGAACUUACUAAGAUCCUUAAAAAAGAUAUUGGCCAAGCUGCAGGGUUGUGAUGGAUCGGUUUUGCUAGAUGGAUCUGCUAGUGGGCCUAGUGAGAAAAAUGCACCACCAAAUCUCUCACUCAGACCUCAAGCGUUUAAAAUCAUGAACGAUCUACGAAGUCGCAUCCACAAAGCCUGUGGCGAUGUCGUCUCUUGUGCUGAUAUUACUGCCUUGGCUGCUCGUGAUGCCGUCUUACUGAUCAUCGCACCACAUAAUAAUCAAUUUGAACGUUCUUCAUGCGCAUAACUUGUGAACCUAUGGUGCUAGAGAAGAAGAGCAUUACCAUCAACAUAUUGGAGAGAUCUCCAUUUGAUCUUCCUCAAGAAUUUGUC